UACCUAAGCGAGCCGGCAUGGCGGCGUCCAUUGCAGGGGGCUGCGGAGCCGCAGCGGGCCUGGCGCGGAGCUUCCGAGCCGCCACGGCGCUGCUCCCUGCGCCGGCCUCUUUCGCCUGCCGGGCCCGCUGGAGGUCGGCCAGGCAGCAGAGCACGGGACCUGCGGAGCCUGGCGCAUUCCAGCCGCCCCCGAAACCAGUUAUCGUGGACACGCGCCGGCCGCCGCACCAGAGGAGCAGGUUCCUGAGUCCUGAAUUCAUUCCUCCAAGGGGAAGAACAAAUCCUCUGAAAUUUCAAAUAGAAAGAAAAGAUAUGUUAGAAAGGAGAAAAAUACUCCACAUUCCAGAGUUCUAUGUCGGAAGCAUACUGCGUGUUACCACGGCCGACCCGUAUGCCAGCGGGAAAACCAGCCAGUUCCUGGGGAUCUGCAUCCAGAGAUCAGGAACAGGGCUUGGAGCUACUUUUAUCCUUAGGAAUACUAUCGAAGGACAAGGUGUUGAGAUUUGCUUUGAACUUUAUAAUCCUCGAAUCCAGGCGAUCCAAGUGGUCAAAUUAGAGAAACGGCUGGAUGAUAGUUUGCUGUACUUACGAGAUGCCCUUCCUGAAUACAGCACUUUUGAUAUGAAUAUGAAGCCGGUAGCACACGAACCUAACGAAGAAGUUCAUGUUAAUCAGCUGAAAGUGAAAAUGAAGCCUAAGCCCUGGUCCAAACGCUGGGAACGCCCAAAAUUUAAUAUUAAAGGAAUCAGAUUUGAUCUUUGUUUAACUGAAGAGCAAAUGAAAGCAGCUCAGAAGUGGAGUCAGCCGUGGCUUGAGUUUGAUAUGAUGAGGGAAUAUGAUACUUCAAAAAUUGAAGCUGCAAUAUGGAAUGAAAUUGAAGCAUCGAAAAAGUCCUGAUUCUGAGGAUGAAUUUGGUCAUUGCAGAGAAUAUACUGACUCUCAGAGGAUUUUUUUAGAGGCCAGUUUAAUUUCAUAUGUAAGGACGUAGUCAUUGAAUCAAUUAAGCAUUCAUUAUUUUAUGAGUACUGUUUUUAAAAAAAUAAAAUUAUCACACUAGUUUAUUAUUUAAAAAAUGUAUAAUG